UAACAUUCACAUUACACUCUUUAAGUCUUAAACGAAACAAUGGCCCUUCAAGCUGCUUCUUUGGUCUCCUCUGCUUUCUCUGUCCGCAAAGAUGGAAAAUUAAAUGCUUCAGCAUCAUCAUCAUUCAAAGAGUCUAGUCUGUUCGGUGUUUCACUUUCGGAGCAAAGCAAAGCUGACUUUGUCUCUUCCUCAUUGAGAUGCAAGGUACCAAACACAAUCUUUUAUGAGUAUUUUUCUUGGAAAAUGAUGUAAUAAUCUAAUCAAUUGAAAUGCUUCUACUUUGUAGAGGGAACAGAGCUUGAGGAAUAAUAAAGCGAUUAUUCGAGCUCAAGCAAUCGCGACUUCAACUCCAUCAGUCACAAAAUCUUCCUUAGACCGCAAGAAAACACUUAGAAAAGGAAACGUGGUUGUCACGGGAGCUUCUUCAGGGCUAGGUUUAGCAACGGCAAAGGCAUUAGCCGAGACAGGUAAAUGGCACGUGAUAAUGGCGUGCAGAGACUUCCUCAAGGCUGAGAGAGCCGCUCAAUCUGCAGGGAUGCCUAAGGACAGCUACACUGUGAUGCAUUUGGACUUGGCGUCUUUGGACAGCGUGAGGCAGUUUGUUGAUAACUUCAGGCGAGCUGAGAUGCCUCUCGAUGUGUUGGUCUGCAAUGCCGCAGUCUAUCAGCCAACGGCUAAUCAACCUACUUUCACUGCUGAAGGGUUUGAGCUUAGCGUUGGGAUAAACCAUUUGGGCCACUUUCUUCUUUCAAGAUUGUUGAUUGAUGACUUGAAGAACUCCGAUUAUCCAUCAAAACGUCUCAUCAUUGUUGGAUCCAUAACCGGAAACACUAAUACAUUGGCUGGUAAUGUACCUCCAAAGGCUAAUCUUGGUGAUUUGAGGGGACUAGCAGGCGGGUUGAACGGGCUAAACAGCUCGGCGAUGAUAGAUGGAGGAGAUUUUGUUGGCGCAAAGGCGUAUAAAGAUAGCAAAGUCUGCAACAUGUUGACAAUGCAGGAGUUUCAUAGGCGUUUCCAUGAAGACACCGGCAUAACUUUUGCUUCCCUUUACCCCGGUUGUAUUGCAACGACUGGUUUGUUCAGAGAGCAUAUUCCUCUUUUCCGUACCCUCUUCCCUCCUUUCCAGAAGUACAUCACAAAAGGUUACGUCUCCGAGUCAGAGGCUGGGAAAAGACUUGCUCAGGUGGUGGCUGAUCCAAGCUUGACGAAGUCGGGAGUGUAUUGGAGCUGGAACAAGACCUCGGCUUCAUUUGAGAAUCAGCUGUCUCAAGAAGCUAGCGAUGUCGAGAAGGCUCGUAGAGUUUGGGAAGUCAGCGAGAAGCUCGUAGGCUUGGCCUAAAAUUUGAUAUGAGAUUUUUCCUCGGUGUUUCAACCUUUGGUUUGGCUUAAGAUGAGAAACAAACAAAAAAGGAGACAUUAAUAAAGCCUGUAACAACUUUGAUUUAGUAGUUGUGUUUUGGCUGAUUCUAUCUGUAAUGAAACAAAUAAUUCCACUUUUCAAGUUUUUUUUGUCAAAGAACAUGAAACAGAGAUUGUAAACUACAAGGAGAAGCAGAGUCAUACAGCUUUAUAACAAAAAGAUUAGAAAUAAAGAGACUCUAAUAUCACCU